AGUUGGAAGUCUUCAAAAACUACAACAGAAUACUUUCAGCGAGUUGCAAAUCGUUAUCAAACAGAACAACAACUAGAGCUUAUUGAAAACGAGAAAGCUAUUGAAUUGGCAAAAAUGGAACGUAUCAAGGUUACCCAAACUCGAAACCAUGUGGAAUCGACAAUGAAGGUCCAUCAUCAAAUAACUGAAAAUAUUGUAGAAUUUAGUCAAAAACAAAACAUAUCCAGUAAAAAUAUUACACUAGAAA